CCAGCAUCUUUGAGUGGUGUCAGCUCAAAAAUGAUCCUUCCUUUGUGAUAAUUUCAAAUAACAAUGACUUUUCCCCACUCACAAAGGGUUUGUGUGCAUGUUACCAUAACAGCCAGUUUAAUAGGCCUGCCACAAAGCCGUGUAAUUGUUCUGUAGUUUUCUCACUGCUGCUGGAAAGAAAAAGAGCUGCUCAUUUUGACACGGCAAAGAAAAAGCUUUAAAUAUUAAUACGCUUUUUGAGAGAUGUUUGGACAGAUAUCAGACACGAUUCUCAAAGGUGCUUAUAUUCAAAUUUCAGAAUGUGGAAAGAGAAGACGACGAGGAUAGUCAAAGUAGAAAAACAUGAGCCAGACACUUGUCCGAUGAUUGUGGGUAAAGUAGAAAAAUCAACUCCCAGGACGACAACUGUGAAGUCAAAGGAGAAGCCUGAAGUUACCACAUCACACAGCAAAUGUCUCACUACUACAUGUGAGACAUCAGGCAAUAUAAUGAGACUUUGGGUCAACUUGAUGCCUGUUUUGGCAGCAGCCAAGGAGCCCGUGGAGGAAGAGGAGGGCGAAGAGGAGCACAACAGCUGUACAAGUGAGAAGGAACCAGAAACCAGCAGCAAAAACGACCAAUCAGUGAAGCAAAGACUCGACUCUUACACAGGAUUAAAUUUGAACCCGGACUCCAAACAAACUCUAAAUCCUCGGUUUGUGCUGCCACCUAUAACUGAACCUAAACCAGCUCCUGAGACUAAGCAUUGCCACACAUCUCUACCUCCCAUCAGGUUAUCUGAGAAAAGUAGGCCCAUCUCUUCAAACUUCACAAUAAAAGGCUGUGGAGGCGAUGAAUUAGUUACGUGCAAGGUGCCAGACAGCAGGCCUUGGAUAGAGGAUCCCCUGUUCUCUAGAAGUAGAUCUGCUGAGUUUCAUCUUCCUGACAUCUCCUUGUCCAGUCUGGACGCCCUGCUGCAGACAGUCACACAGAAACUAGGGAGGAAGAGGAGAGGUGGUUGUGAAGGACCGUGGAGACAUGUCCACUCUGAUCGUCUCCUUGCGGCUGUUCGUGAGCAACAUUUGAGAGAGACGAGUGUUGGGCAACAAAUUGGCCGCUGCACAGAUAAUGGAAACCUGGCAGACAUUGAAGCAGCACCUGUAACAUCAGCAGGUGGACGCAGUGUAAACAGACAGAGGGGCCUCCCCCCACCCAUCCUCACUAUGGCAAAGAAAAACCUCCAGACUUCCAACACACUGCAGUAAUUCACCACAAACAACAAACUGGACUCACAACACACAGCACAGUAUCUUAAAAAUGUUACAGGAAAGGAUAUACUUUUAUUUUCCUUCAAAACAUUCACAACAGACAUAUACCUGCUUUUUUUAAAUCUAUGCUAGCAUAUCUCAUAGUAGAUGCAUAAAUUACUGUUCAAGUAGAACUUUUCAAGCAUAAUAAAAGUACAUUCAGUAGUAUAGACUUUCUUUCCAAAAUGAGACAUUUUAAUCCAGCUUAAUGUUUAGGUUUUGCGUUAUUUCAGCUUUUUCAAUACAUCAAACCUCUUAAAACAUUAUAUUGUAAUGUAACAGUUUACAUUUUAGAAUGAAACCCGUCUGAUGCUUUGUUUUGUCUCAUGCCUAUAGAUACUAAUCUUCUGAUUAUGUAACACUGCAUCACAGUGCAGUAACAACCUGCUUUGAACAUUCGAUCUGCUGUGUCAUCAUGAAAUAAAUAAAAACAACCGUAGACCAAA